AUCUCAUUGACAUAUAUCAUCAUCAUUAGCCGGAAUCAGAGUCGUAUGCAUCAAGAAUGGCUAAUCGUCCUUGUUCAAUAUGUCAGCGAGCGUUUGGACGUGACUCAACUCUCUUCUCCCUCUCGAAUGACAAGAUAGGACUUUCGCAAGGCCCCAGAGUUCUUCUGGCACCCAUAAAUAGCAUUAGAAGAGCUGCCUCAAUCGGCUGCCCUCUAUGUACAAUUCUGACUUCUAGUCUCGAAGUCGAGUUCUUGGACCCCAUAGCGCGAGAGAGAGAAAUAGCCACUCUUCAGAGAGCCGUUCUAGAUCCAGCCUGCGCGUUAGCUAUAUAUGUAGGCGUCGAUGACGUCUCUCAUACAAGUUUCUCUCGAGUACCUGUUUCUUGGAACCAUCUCCCGCUUGGACAACUGAACACACCUAACGAGGAUGGUAUGGUUAUGGAAGCAUGGGUCGUUGACUGUGUUAAGAAUCACCCAAAAUGCAAGAAUGAUUCAGGGUCCUUUAUUCCUACAAGACUACUUGAUAUCGAUGCCUUCGAAAACUCUGACGACAUCCGACUCGUCAGGUUGGAUUGGAAGCUUUCUUCGCCGCAAUAUGUGGCUCUGAGCCACUGCUGGGGCCCUGCCACACGGCUCCCAAUAACCACUACCACAUCUACGCUGGAAAAUAGGAUGAAUCGGAUCAAGUUUGGUCUCUUGUCACAAACGUUUCAAGAUGCUGUCAGGCUCGCUAGGCAAUUAGGUCAACGCUAUCUUUGGAUUGAUUCACUGUGUAUUAUCCAAGACGACAAAGACGAUUGGGUGGCCGAGGCAUCAGCUAUGGCCGCAGUAUACCGCAACUCCAUCUUCACCAUUUUUGCACUCAGCUCUCAGAACAGCACAGGGGAUGUCGUGUCAACGCGCAUGGCACGUCACCUCUGAAAUCGUCACGUUACUGUGAUAUCAACACUGGCGCGGGCAGGAUUCGUCUCUUUGAGUCUCCUCCUAAGGAACGGCAUAUCGAAUAUGGUGAUGAUACGUAUAAACAUGGCCGGUAUAGCACUCAUAAUCCUCUGAGGACAAGAGCCUGGACACUGCAGGAACGAGAACUGUCGGUUAGGGGUAUCCACUUCUCUAUGAGUAUGGUACUGUGGGAAUGUCGUACCACAAAAGCCUCGAGUGAGGUCCCUUGGGGGACGAUCCGGCCGCUGGAUGAUUUCCUUCCGUGGCCAAUACGAAAUAAUCCUUCUGAAGAUACCCAUUCUGGUGGACCCGUCUCGCUUAGGGACCGCUGGUAUGUCCUCACAGAGGACUUUUCGUCUCGAUUCCUCUCUCAUGAAAACGACAAACUCCCAGCACUCUCGGGGCUAGCUUCUACCUUCGCGGAGUCUUUUGGACCUGAGACAUACCUCGGAGGAAUUUGGCGCAGUCAUAUGCCUUCUGGUCUCCUCUGGAAAACCACUCUUCAGAGCGAACCAUCGCUAUUUCCAACGUUCCAACCUCGACGGCCCAUGUUGUACCGAGCACCGAGCUGGUCUUGGGCGUCGAUAGAUAGUUUGAUCUCAUAUGAAAGCCAGAGGCUCUCACACAUGGGUGACAGUAGACCGGAAGAAAGCGCUGGCAGUUACGAUUAUGGGUUUUUUGAGAUUGUUGCUAGCGAGCGGAAGCUUGCUAGGAGUGAUCCCUUUGGUGCAAUAUCUGCCGCAUCACUGUUGAUAAAAGGAUCUAUACUGCCGAUGCAGUUUCGUUACGAGAAAUUCGGAAACGAGUCCAUGUACGACGAUGGGAUGAGAGUCCUUAUCGGCGACGAUGGUAGUACUGCUGGAGCAUUCUAUCCAGAUAUUAUAACCGAGAUCCGAGACAUGGAAUGGAUUCACUGCUUGAGUAUCAAGGGAGAGUCAUUGUUUGCAGAGAGGUCCGUACCAUACGAGUUGUACCAGAAGCACUUCUCUACAGAAGAUGAAGUUUCGGGAGAGAGUGCGAUGAUCAUGGGGCUUGCUCUAAUGAAGGACUCGACCAAAUCAAAUGCAUACCAGCGAGUGGGACUUAUACGAUGGGUGAAAAAGUCUCUAUUUUCUGGCAUUUUGCCAUCAACUUUCACCUUUCUGUAAUCUAAGAGAUCUGCCUUUUUGUUUUCCUCGAGUAUGGUCGGGCUGUCGAAUGGAAUGAUGCCUGUAGGGUUUUCCCAGGAGUCUAGUUUCUAGCCGUGCGAGAGAGUUCCGUCAUCACUAUACUAUAGCGGUUAACCAGUUCAUGAAGCACACAAAGUCCCAUCAUGUUCAGCAGCUUGAUUUCACCUGCAUGCUGCAUAUUGUAGUGUAUCACAUGACAUCACGCUAGGCUCUUCUGCUACCUACGUAC